UACUAGUUCCGUAAUAUCUGUUGUCUUAAGUGUAUAAAAUCUUUUGAUCUAAAAAACUUUUUGCAUCUUCCUCUGCUUUCUCCUUGCAACCCUUUUACAUCUUCUUAUACUUCUUGUCAGCUUUGCAUAGGGUCCAUCGACUUUGCAACCAUGGAUUAUGAUCUGGUUCGUUCCAAGAAGAGUAUCAAGCGAGCAGAGUCCACAAAAUCACAUCUCUGGUGGUGGGAUAGUCAUGUAGGCCUCAAAAACUCCAAAUGGCUCGAGAAUAAUCUCGAUGAGAUGGACAGGAGCGUGAAACGGAUGGUGAAGUUGAUAGAAGAAGAUGCAGAUUCAUUCGCCAAGAAGGCAGAGAUGUAUUACCAAAAGAGACCUGAACUUAUUAGCCUCGUCGAUGAGUUUCACCGUAUGUACCGUUCUCUAGCCGAGCGUUACGAGAACAUCACCGGAGAGUUGAGAAAAAACUCCCCAUCAGAGCUUCUUCAGUCACAAGGCUCAGGCUUCUCUGACGUCUCCUCCUCUGACCUCACCACUGAGGUUAAUAGGUUAGGACGUCCUCCUUCCCGUCGUGCUCCUGGUUUUGACUACUUCCUUGGCUCUGGUGGACUUCCCUCUGAUGAUUCUGCUUCUGUUACAGACUCUGAACUAGAAUCAGAUGAUUCUUCCGUGAUUAAUUGCUCUGGUUAUGUGAGAGUUGGCUCUGACUUUCAGUCUUUGAGCAAAAAGGUCGCUGAUCUUGAUCUUCCCGCUAAACUUGCUGCUUGUGAGCAAGAACUGAGAGAUGCAAACGACAAGAUACAGAGCUCAGAGGACCAAAUCUUUACGUUAAAGAGUCAGCUCGCUAGAUACUUGCCAUCAGAGUUGGAUGAUGAAGAGCCAGCAGCAGCAGCUUCUACACAAGACAUGGACGUUGAGACUUUGUCUGAAGAGCUGAGAGUUACAAGCCUGAGGCUUAGGGAGGCAGAAAAAGAAAACAGCAACAUGAGAAAAGAAGUUGAGAAGCUCAAGAGCCUGCAAAGCCUGCUUGACUCGGCGCAGAAAGAAACUGCUGCGUGGAAAAGCAAGUCUAGUGCAGAUAGAAGAGAGGUGGUGAAGGUGCUUGAUAGAGUCUCCAUGUUGAAGUCUAGCUUAGCAGGUAGAGAUCAUGAGAUCAGGGAUCUAAAGACAGCUUUAUCCGACGCAGAAGAGAAGCUAUUCCCGGAGAAGGCGCAGGUUAAAGCCAAGAUAUCCAAGCUCGUGGAGGAGAAAACACACCGCGAUGAGCAGUUCAAGGAGCUGGAAGCCCAUGUGCGUUAUCUUGAAGAGGAGAUAAGAAGGGUGACCAAUGAGAAAACAGAAGAGGAGGAAAGGAUGAAGGGAGAAAUCGAGGUGCUGACAAUGGAGAAGUCAGAGAAAGAGAGAUGCAUAGAGACAUUAACCAAAAGAGUGAGUGAGACAGAGUCAGAGAUGAGUCGGCUUGGAGAUGAAAUGAAACAAAAAGACAGUAGGAGAAUAGAGAUGGAGAAGGAGCUAGAGGAAGUAGCAGAAGAGAAGAGGGAAGUGAUAAGACAACUCUGUUUCUCACUGGACUACUGCAAAGACGAGUGCAAGAGACUACGUGAUGCCUUUUCAGGGGAUCAACCAAUAAGACCAUCCUCCAUUCUUGCUUCUUGAUUCUGAUGUAUAGCAAAUAUAUAUAUACUCUUUGUAA